UAACUUAAAAGGGUUCUCCAUUGGCAUCUAAUUGGAACCUUUAUUUUUAAGAGUGUACUCUUGAGGGUGUCACUCAAGUGACAAGGAAAGGUACAGAUCCCUCUUUUGACUAAGAGGGUACAGAAUACAAUAUGCCAGUGCAGCUCUUGUCAAGUUGAUUUCCAAAUGUAGUACUGUAAUCUUCAAGUAGUGGGGAGAGCGCCAUCUCUGGCCAGCUGCGUCACGCUGUCAUAUCACGUGUAAAGGAUUAACCCGAGUUCGCCUGAAUGAAAUAAACCUAUAAUAAAGUAAGCAGUAGAGAUGGAAAUAGGAAGUGGGAUUUUUGGUUUUAAUGAUUGAAUGUUCGGAUUGCCGUACGCAGUUCAUUUCGCAACCAUGAAGCUGUUUAACGUCUUAAUGAAAGAUGUCACGCACAAAAUAGAGUAUUAUUCACGAUUCUCGCCUUCGCCGAUGUCCAUCAAGCAGUUUUUGGAUUUCGGUAGAGAGAAUGCUUGUGAAAAGACCUCCUAUAUGUUCCUGAGGAAAGAACUGCCUGUACGUUUGGCCAAUACCAUGAGAGAAGUCACUCUGUUGCCUGGAAAGCUGCUAAAUCAGCCAUCUGUCCAGCUGGUUCAGAGCUGGUACAGUCAGAGCUUUGAGGAGCUAUUAGAUUAUGAGAACCGGAGCCCAGAGGAUCCUCGUAUCCUUAGUGAUUUCUUAGACAUCCUUAUCCAGAUCCGGAAAAGACACAAUGAUGUGGUUCCCACCAUGGCCCAGGGAGUGAUCGAGUACAAGGAGAAGUUUGGUUUCGACCCUUACAUCAGCAGCAAUGUGCAGUAUUUCCUGGAUCGUUUCUACACCAGUCGCAUCUCCUUCCGCAUGCUCAUCAACCAGCAUACUCUCCUUUUUAGUGAUGGCAUCAACCACGCUCAUCCCAAGCAUAUUGGAAGCAUUGACCCAACCUGCAACGUGAUAGAGGUAGUGAGAGAUGCAUAUGGGACUGCAAAGAUGCUCUGUGAACAGUAUUACAUGACAGCCCCUGAUCUGCAUAUCCAGGAAUUCAACUGCAAGAACCCUGAUAAGCCCAUCCAGGUGGUCUACGUGCCAUCCCAUUUGUUCCACAUGCUCUUCGAGCUCUUCAAGAACUCCAUGCGAGCUACAGUGGAGCUUCAUGAGAAUAACACAGAAGGACUUCCUCCUGUGAAAGCUCGUGUGACUUUGGGAAAUGAAGAUCUCUCCAUAAAAAUUAGUGAUUGUGGAGGGGGUGUACCCUUGAGGAAGAUUGACCGCCUUUUCAACUAUAUGUACUCCACAGCUCCGACACCAAUGCUGAAUCCUUCACAAAAUGCCGCACCGCUGGCUGGUUUUGGCUAUGGUUUGCCAAUCUCCAGACUGUAUGCUCGCUAUUUCCAGGGAGACCUAUGCCUUUACUCUAUAGAGGGAUUAGGAACACAUGCAGUCAUCUACCUGAAGGCUCUCUCCAGCGAGUCCUUCGAGCGACUCCCCAUCUUCAACAAGUCAGCGUGGAGACAUUACCAGUUAGGGCCAGAGGCAGACGACUGGAGCAACCCCAGCAGCGACCCACGAGAUGCAUCCACAUUCAAAACAAACCAAUAGACUAACACUACCAGUGUAUCAGUGACUGCCACCUUGAUCACUUAUGUUCAGAAUUAACAGUAGACUACAGAUGCUACACAUGCAGUUACAUCAUGACACACAUUUUCUUUCGUCAUUCAUUAACUUCAUCUUCAGUAACUUCUUUAUCCUGGGUAUCUUUAUGGUUGUGAUGGAUCUGGAGCCUAUCCCAUGAACACUGGGUGCAAAGGUGAGAAUACAGCUUGGAUGGGAUGCCAGAUUAUCCCCAGAUAGAGAACAUAUUCUCAAAUAAGCAUAGAACGUGUAUGUAUGUGUGACU